GGAUAACGGGGAGAAUGGAGACUGGUGCAACGACAAACGACACAUAGCCUAUGUCUUUACCACGACCUCGCUCAAGAAAUGAUGCACCUCUCAAAUUCCUCGCGUACCGAGGCCUUACACCGAAGUCAGAAGAUAAGGUAAAUGGCUGAAUCGAGUUGGGAGCUAUUGUGCCUCUGUCUGGCUGACCAAUGCAGUGUGUAGGGACGGUCGCCCAGCCCGACGAAAACAUGAACGGAGCGGGGGAGCAGGUGGACAUCCUGUCUCCCAACUGCAUGGUAAAGGACCGAUGGAAAGUGCUGAAGAAGAUUGGUGGGGGAGGUUUUGGUGAGAUCUAUGAAGCAUUGGACCUGCUGACCAGGGAGAAUGUGGCUCUGAAGGUAGAGUCAGCCCAGCAGCCUAAACAGGUUCUCAAGAUGGAGGUGGCCGUCCUCAAGAAACUGCAAGGGAAAAAUCAUGUAUGUAAAUUCAUUGGAUGUGGAAGGAACGAGAAGUUUAACUAUGUGGUCAUGCAACUUCAGCAGGGGAGAAACCUAGCAGACCUGAGGAGGAGUCAGCCUCGCGGCACCUUCACCAUGAGCACCACGCUACGCCUGGGCAAACAGAUUCUGGAGUCCAUAGAGGCCAUCCACUCUGUGGGCUUCCUGCACAGAGACAUCAAGCCUUCUAACUUUGCUAUGGGUCGACUCCCCUCCACCUAUAGAAAGUGCUUCAUGUUAGACUUUGGCCUGGCUCGCCAGUACACCAACACUACCGGAGAGGUUCGACCGCCCAGAACUGUGGCGGGAUUUCGGGGAACUGUUCGUUAUGCGUCAGUAAAUGCUCAUAAAAACAAAGAAAUGGGUCGCCAUGACGAUCUAUGGUCGCUAUUUUACAUGUUGGUAGAGUUUGCAGUCGGUCAGUUACCAUGGAGAAAAAUUAAAGAUAAGGAGCAAGUGGGUCAGAUUAAAGAGCGCUAUGACCACAGAAUGCUGCUCAAACACAUGCCUUCUGAGUUUUACAUCUUCCUAGAUCAUGUUUUAGGCCUUGACUACUUCACCAAACCAGAUUACCAGUUGCUGAUGUCGGUUUUUGAGAACAGUAUGAAGGAACAUAUCAUCACAGAGAACGAGCCUUUUGAUUGGGAGAAGGGAGGGACGGAUGGAGUGCCUCUGUCCACCAGCACGUCAACGCCCCCUCAACAGAACACACGACAGACUCCCGCCGUGAUCGGGGUGGUGAACGUGACUCUGGUUCCUGGGGAGCUGCCGAGGGAGAACACAGAUGACGUUCUACAAGACGAGCACCUGAGUGACCAGGAGAACGCUCCACCUGCAGUACCCAGCAGGCCUUGCGAGGGGACACCUCCCCAGAUGGAAGCCGAGGCGUGGAACGACACCGACUUAAACCGCAACCAACUCAGGAUCAGCAUCAGCAAGGGGAAGUUGGCUGCGGAGGAAGAGGAGCCUGCCAGAGGGACGUGUCCUGAUGCCCUCGUGGGUGGAGCUCCCCCAGAAAUGACUGGUGCUCAGGUCUGUGCUCUGCGGUACCGGAGGAUCAACAGCCCAGAGUCAGACCGUCUGUCCGCCGCAGACGGGAGACCAGACAUCUACGACAAACGAGGGUCUCGUAUGGACAUCCUGGGAUCCCCGUCCCGCCACGUGCAGUCCUCCCAGCCAGCCCAGAUGCACUCCCUGGAGGGAGGAGGUGGGGACCGGCAGGGUGGCAGUGGUAGACCAGGUCAAGAGGUCUCCGUAGCCUCUGUGGCCGACCCCGAGGCCCACAGUAACGCGUUCAUCCGGUCUGUACCACUCGCCGAGGAGGAAGACUUUGACAGCAAGGAGUGGGUGAUCAUCGACAAGGAGACUGAGCUCCAGGACUUCCUGGGUCUCCUGGGCCCAGGGGCUGAGCCCACCACCUCGGGGCCCACCACCGACGAGGAGCCUGAGGAGCUGAGGCCCCUAGACGAAAUGGAGGAGUGGAGGAGGUUACGGGGAGCUGGAGGUGGAGAGGUGGUGGUGAGGCCAAAGACGCGAGCAGGAGCCAUUGGGGCACAGCCAGAAGGGGAGGGGUCUAAUGGGGCCAGUCCUGGGUACCCAGGUUAUCACACUCUGCCUCAUAGCCGUGGACACAGACCACGGCCACAGUCGGAGUACUUUGUAGCUCACGGACAGGCCCUGGAGCAGAUCAGCCCAUACCAGGGUGGCAGUGGGGAGGACCUCAACUUCCAGAGUGUAGAGAGAGAGAGGCCUAAACUACCCACGCUGGCCCAGCAUCGCUUUCGACGGGUGGACUUCCUCUCUGCCAUGCUCACCGGCGCCGCCACCCUUCCACCACUCCAAACCUCCUUUGAGGUUGAUUCCAGAACAUGUGUUGAGCAGGAUGAGGAUGGGAAUGUGGAUGCUGCUGAGGUCGGGGCUGGGGCUGGGGCAGUGUCCAGCGGUGAUGGGAGCCCCAAGAGCAGCGAGCACAGCCAAGAGGGUGAUGAUGGAGCUCCCUCUACUCUCCUUGCAGAUGAGCCUCCUCGGGAAUACCCUCGCCGGGCCUCUUCAGGAGUGGGGUUUGGUGGUGAUCCGGACCUGGAGCUGGAGGAAGGCUCCAAGACCCUGGUGCUCUUCUCCCCUGGAGACGUGAGGAGGUCCCUUGCCGUGGUGGGUGAUCUGCCCCCGGACGAUGCCGGGAGUCACCAGGGGACGCUGGCAGCCAUCACACCCCAGUGCGAGAGAGCUCUGGGACCUCUGGGAAGCCUGCUUGACGUGUCUGAGCCAAGUACUUUGUUCACGCAGUUGAAGUCCGAGCCCAAACCGCCUUCGACGGCCAUCUCCGCCAUCCUGGUCAAUGUGGCGCCCUAUGUUGUUACUCCCACCAGCACCUCCCCUCCUUUCACCAAAGUAGAGCGGACAUUCGUACACAUUGCCGAGACUACCCACCAUAAUGUGAUGAGCUCCUCAGGGACUCUGCAGCUCAGGCUGCUGCUCCCUGGGCUGGUUGAGGAGCCCACAGACGAACAGGAGAACCACUCGGAGGAAGAGAAAGAGCAGGAUGUCUUGGAUGGAGAGAAAGAGAGGAGCAGGGAGAGCAGAUCCGAUGUGGACCGUUCAGACUUUGAGAAGGAGAGGGAAAGUGGAUCUGAGGGCAAGGGCAAGGUUCCAAACAGAGACAGUGAAGAGGGGAGGGAGAGUGGAUCUGAGGGCAAGGUUCCAAACAGAGACAGUGAAGAGGGGAGGGAGAGUGGAUCUGAAGGGGAGUUCCAGAAGACAUACGACGUACAGAGGAGGGAGAGUGGAUCAGAAAGCAAUGUCUUUGAGAAAGAAGAGGAAGGGGACGAAGUGAGCAGGUUUGAGGAGGAGGAAGAGGAGAAGAAAGAGAGUAGGUCCAAGGAGGAAGAUUCCGAGAGAGAAAUCCCAGGUUCCCCAGAGAGAGACAACAGGGCUAAGGAGGAGGAAAAGGAUGUUGCAAAGAAGGAGGUUGAGGAGUUAAUCUCCCCAGAAAAAGAGAUGGAAGAAGAGCCAGAACUUGGGGACGAAGCCCAGCCAGCGAUCCAGUCAAACCUCUCCUCUCCCAUUCUUGGUGCCCCAGAAGAACCUGAAGCCCAGGAUAUCCUGGCAAUUUCAAUAGAAACCAAGUUAGACUCUGAAACAGAGGACACCCCUAUUGUCAUUUCGCCUGAGAUGGAGCCUGCCCAAGACGUGAUGUUAGCAGAGAAGGAGAGCCAGAUCCAUCUCGAACAAAACAAUGAGGCUUCUCCACAGGAGGAACCCAAGGACCCUGGUGACCCAGAAAAAUUGGCAGAGGCCAGCAAACAGACCAGGCCUCAGAAAAUGAGCCGAAUCCCGGUUCUCUCUCGGUCUGAGGAGGACACCAGCUCGGACCAGGACCAGUCGGCGGCGUCCCAGUCAUUCAAGUCUCGUCAGAGGGCCAAGCGACCUCACCUAGCACGGCUGGUCAUGGAAAGGAGGCAAGGUCGCAUGAUAAGACUGGCUUCUGUUUCCUCUGCGUCCUCUGCGGAUGAUGGCUGUAAAGUUCCAGCAGAGAUCCAGUCAGAGGAAGACACCCAUGAUGAGGACAACUAUCUGCCCAGGAAGGAGAGGGGAAUUUGGGGGGAGAGGAGUGAGGGGCGUCAAAGGAGCAGAAUACCCCGUCCUGUCAUGCCUGUUAAGCUACAGGGAUCCUCUGUUACACCGUUUCAUGCUGUCUCCCAAACUGGCCCCAGUGCUAAUCUCCACAAACCCCAACUUUCAACUAUAUAUGCUAGGCAUCAAUCUCAUAAAACUAGGACCCCAAGAAUAAAUGUUCCACUGCACCAGAGGUCCCAGACUCUGCAGUCCCAACCCGGACCCGGGGCCAACUCCUCCUUCUUAUUCUCCACCCCCCAGACCCCCCUGCGUGGGGUCAUCUCCCGAAUCCCUCUCUCUGCAUGCCCCUCCCCCCGUAGCCUCAGCACCUCCCCCUGUUGCUACUCCACUUCCCGGACUGACAGCCCCUCCCCUCAGCGCCCACGCCGGGGGGCUGCAGUUACAGAAGUCCGGAGGCAGCUCAUAUCCGUGCGGGCGCAGACUGCACUUCCGCUAAAACCCAGACCGCCUCAAACCGAUGAUUCCUCAGCCCCUGGGACGCCCAGGAGGCGAGGCAAACUUUACCCGUUGUCAUCUACAUCCACACCCACCAAGGGGAAGUCAGAUGCUUCUGAGAGCAAGACAACCACCAGAUAAUGUAGCCUAGCUUAGUGUAUCAGGGCUAUCUAUCCACCAGACCACCCACACUGCACUUCACACACCCCUUUAUCUACUGUAUGUCAGAGUAACUCCACGACCUCAAACGUGUUUGUGCAAAAACACUAUGUUUCAACUCUCAGCUUAAGAUAACAAAGAGGGGUCUGCUUCUAAUCACAGUUAAGGCCAAGAACAAAACCAGUAAUAGAGAGUUCCAGGCUGCGGUGAGACCCCCAAUGCCACAGACUAGGGAAGUGGGUGUGACCCCCAAUGCCACAGACUAGGGAAGUGGGUGUGACCCCCCAAUGCCACAGACUAGGGAAGUGGGUGUGACCCCCCAAUGCCACAGACUAGGGAAGUAGGUGAGACUCCCAAUGCCACAGACUAGGGAAGUGGGUCCCCCCCCCCCAAUGCCACAGACUAGGGAAGUGGGCGAGACCCCCAAUGCCACAGACUAGGGAAGUGGGUGAGACCCCCAAUGCCACAGACUAGGGAAGUGGGUGAGACCCCCAAUGCCACAGACUAGGGAAGUGGGUGUGACCCCCCAGUGCCACAGACUAGGGAAGUGGGUGUGACCCCCCAAUGCCACAGACUAGGGAAGUAGGUGAGACCCCCAAUGCCACAGACUAUGGAAG